ACGCCCCGCCCCCGCCGAGCGUGGCGGAAGUACUUGCCUUAGAAAGCGGACCGCGCGCCACCUGGCCGAGCGCGCAUGCGCCCGCAUAGCCCUCGGGUGUGUUGGGGGGAUCGGUUUUGCUACCUUCUUCCUCAGUCUCCACAACCCCCGCCUCACCCAGAGUCGUGCUCGCGCCAUCUUGCACCCCCACCUUCACAUAGCCCCGUCACCUUUUCUCUUUCUGCCCCACCCCCCCUUUCCAAGCGUGUCCCAGGCCGCAACAGCAGAAACUGCACCAUCUCUAGCCCCACAUUCUCCACGCGGGACGCGCCGCCGUGCCUACAAGUGUUCUUAAAGCAGAGGUUUUCUUUAGGUGAUGCCAGGAGGCCUCUUCAUGAAACAGCAAUUUUGGUAGAAGAUGUAGUGCACACUCAGUUAAUUAAUCUGUUACAGCAAGCUGCUGAAAUUUCUCAGCUUCGAGGAGCAAGGGUAAUCUCUGCUGAAGAUCUUCUGUUUUUGAUGCGCAAAGAUAAGAAAAAACUUAGAAGAUUGCUAAAAUACAUGUUUAUCCGAGACUACAAGUCCAAGAUUGUCAAAGGCAUAGAUGAGGAUGAUCUCCUAGAAGACAAAUUGAGUGGUGGUGGUAAUGCAAACAAAAGACAAAAAUUUGCUCAGGACUUCCUUAACUCUAUUGACCAGACAGGAGAACUUUUGGCAAUGUUUGAAGAUGACGAAAUUGAUGAAGUUAAACAAGAAAGAAUGGAGAGAGCUGAAAGACAGACUCGAAUUAUGGAUUCAGCUCAGUAUGCAGAAUUCUGUGAAAGUCGACAAUUAAGUUUCUCAAAAAAAGCUUCUAAAUUUCGAGACUGGUUGGACUGCGGCAGUAUGGAGAUAAAACCGAAUGUUGUGGCUAUGGAAAUUUUAGCAUAUUUAGCAUAUGAAACUGUGGCACAGUUAGUGGAUCUGGCACUUCUUGUGAGGCAGGACAUGGUAACCAAGGCAGGGGACCCCUUCAGCCAUGCCAUUUCAGCAACCUUCAUUCAUUAUCACAACUCUGCUGAGAGCACUGUGGCCUGUGGUGUUGAGGCUCACAGCGAUGCCAUCCAGCCCUGCCACAUCAGAGAGGCCAUUCGACGGUAUGGCCACAAGAUUGGCCCACUUUCCCCAUUCACAAGCGCCUACCGCAGAAAUGGGAUGGCUUUUCUGGCCUGCUGAUGUGACUCUGCCUGUGCCUGGAACAAUAGGAAAGGCAAGAUUAUAUGAAGGUGAUUUCUUCUCCCCUCCUUGAACAAAAUAAAAUACAAGUUUGCUUUUUCUGUAUCCUAGGGAGUGGGCUGAUUUGUUGUGAUUAUCAUCUUUGACUGGCUGACUCCUGCUCUUUUCCAGCCCUCUCAAUGAUUAGUCUUGUUUACUAGAUGGGCCAGUUAGCUAAUUAAUGGCAGGAUGUUUGGGACAGUGUGUAGAUGGACAAAAAUGUAGAUCACACAAUUUUGAAAUUUUAAAUAAGAGUAGAUUUACUGGCGUCGGCUCACAUAUUUUAAAAGCAGUGCCCUCCCCCGCCACAUGCCAGUGUUCAGUCCAUGUUUUAUUUGGCACAUUUUAUAAUCCAGGUUUGGGAUAAAGGAAACAGGAAGUUUUCUCCUUCCAUUAUACCAUCUUCACUUGCCAACAUUUGUUGACUGCAUCUACAUGUAUUUUAGAAACUGUUCAUUUUAUAGAUUUACACUAAUUGAAGAUCUAACCAACCUAAUGAACUACCUGUCCUAUCUUCUCUUCACCCCACUUAGUCAUUGUCAAUGCCUUCUUUCCCACUUUCCUGCCAUCUGCCUAUGUCGUGUGUUUUCUUCACAAAGAACCUCUUCCUCCGUCUUCGUUUGCCACCUUUUCCUGUUCCUUCAAUCCCGGGCUCACCCCUCCUGCACAUGUCAUCUCUAUUUAGAAGCAAAGUAAUCAGUAGCCAGGAAGUAGAGCCAUUUGCUUCUUCCCUUCAAAGCACUACCACACCUAGCUUGGAAAUGUGGGCUGGGUAAUGUCGUGCUGGUAAGUGGAGAGCUGCCCUUCUGGCCUCUUACCUUCUGCAGUAAAUGAGGAACUGUAAUUCCUGCAAACAAACCAAAAUACAGCAGAUGUACUUGUGCAGUUCCUGACUGAACUUGAGUUACAGAAAAAGAAGUUAGGAAGUUAUUUCUUUAAUUCUGUGGGAGUUUUGUAUAAUUUUACUUUUAUCGUGGUUUAUAUACACACAUAA